AUGUCUAAGAGCUUUAACCCAUUUGACGAGGACGAAGAUGAAGACUUAAAGCCUGUAAGCUGGAAUGAAGAUCCUGCAGAGAGGAGAAGAAGGGAAGAAUCGGAGAGACAGAGAUCUCUGCAGCAAGAAGUGAUGUAUAGGGCACAGAGCACAGUGGACAGUUCUAAUAGGUCACUAUCCCUUAUGUAUGAAUCAGAGAAGGUUGGGAUGGAAACUGCUGAGGAACUAAUGCGUCAGGGAGAGGCCUUAAAACGCACAGAAAAAAUGGUGGAUAAUAUGGAACAAGAUAUGAAGACCAGUCAGAGGCAUAUUAAUAGCAUAAAAAGCAUUUUCAGUGGUUUCACCAACUACUUCAGAGCCAAACCUGUUGAGACACCCCCACAAAAUGGAGCAUAUGACUACAAAGCUAGCAACAAAUUACAAGAAGCAAUUACAAGCAGCAAAGAGCAAGAGGGCAGAUAUCAAGCUACGCAUCCAAACCUCAUGAAACGUGACACAUUUGGUAUGUUAAAACAAGCAAGAAUGAUGUGA